AUGGCAUGGGGAGCUUGCACUGCUGCGGCAGCUGCUCUCCUGCUGCUCCUCCUCCUCGCAGCAGCAGCAGCAGGUGGUGGUAAUGGCGGCGUGCAUUGCCUUCACCUUGAGGAGGGGGGGAGGCCGAGGCACCUCCUGAGCAGGAGAGCCUUGCAGGGGAGGCAGAGGCACCACCACCUGAGGUCAAGAGCCGUGGGUGGCGCCUCGGUGCUCGAGCUGAGGCACCACAGCUUCAGCUCCGCGCCAGCCAGUAGCAGGAAGGAGGAGGUGAACGGCCUCCUGUCCACCGACGCCGCGCGCGUCUCGUCGCUGCAACGGCGCAUCGACAAGUACAACAGGCUGAUCACCACCUCGUCGACCGCGGCGGCGGCGGUGGCGGUGACCGCGUCCAAGGCGCAGGUGCCCGUCACCUCGGGCGCGAAGCUCCGGACGCUCAACUACGUGGCCACCGUCGGGCUGGGCGGCGGCGAGGCCACGGUGAUCGUGGACACGGCCAGCGAGCUGACCUGGGUGCAGUGCGCGCCGUGCGAGUCGUGCCACGACCAGCAGGGCCCGCUCUUCGACCCGUCCUCGUCGCCGUCCUACGCCGCGGUGCCGUGCAACUCCUCCUCCUGCGACGCGCUGCAGCUGGCCACGGGCGGCAUGUCGGGCGCCGCGGCGUGCGGCGGCCAGGACCAGCAGCAGCCGGCGGCGGCCUGCAGCUACACGCUCAGCUACCGCGACGGCUCCUACUCCCGCGGCGUCCUGGCGCACGACAGGCUGAGCCUGGCCGGGGAGGUCAUCGAUGGCUUCGUGUUCGGCUGCGGCACCAGCAACCAGGGCCCGCCGUUCGGCGGCACGUCUGGCCUCAUGGGGCUCGGCCGGAGCCAGCUCUCGCUCGUCUCCCAGACCAUGGACCAGUUCGGCGGCGUCUUCUCCUACUGCCUCCCGCUCAAGGAGUCCGACUCGUCGGGCUCGCUGGUCCUCGGCGACGACUCGUCGGUGUACCGGAACUCGACCCCGAUCGUGUACACCUCGAUGGUGUCCGACCCACUCCAAGGUCCCUUCUACUUCGUGAACCUGACAGGGAUCACGGUCGGCGGUCAGGAGGUGGAAUCCUCAGGCUUCUCGGCCGGCGGCGGCGGCAGCAAGGCUAUCAUCGACUCCGGCACUGUGAUCACCAGCCUCGUGCCGUCGAUCUACAACGCUGUCAAGGCCGAGUUCCUGAGCCAGCUCGCGGAGUACCCGCAGGCUCCAGGGUUCUCCAUCCUCGACACCUGCUUCAACAUGACCGGGCUCAGAGAGGUCCAGGUGCCCAGCCUGAAGCUCGUGUUCGACGGCGGCGUGGAGGUGGAGGUGGACUCUGGCGGCGUGCUCUACUUCGUCAGCAGCGACUCCUCCCAGGUGUGCCUGGCCAUGGCCUCCCUGAAAUCCGAGUACGAGACCUCCAUCAUCGGCAACUACCAGCAGAAGAACCUGAGGGUCAUCUUUGACACCUCGGGGUCUCAGGUUGGUUUUGCACAGGAGACGUGUGGUUAUAUUUGA